CUCUUUUUGUAGAGUGAAACAAUUGUUACUCUCCAAUGCAGCAUUAAACUGGAUUUUUAUCAGUGUCAUCAGAAGUGUUAAUUAGCUGAGUUCUUCAAAAAGUGAAGCAGUUGUGUAGCUACCUGGCUUGUGUGUUGCUCAGGACUGCAUGGAAUAUGUGGAAUGCAGAAUUUGAAUACCUAAAAGAAGGAAUAAAUUUCCCAGGCAGUUUAGUAAUAGAAAUCUCUCUCAAAAUGAGAAGGGUGUUUCUAGCAGAGUGAAGUUUACAAGUUCUUGGAACAAUAAAUGCCCAAGUGGUUACCUUAACUUCAUUUUGUCUUAUCCCUUUGAUUUUAGCUUUAAUAUACCAAACAUUUUGGAGCUUUGUGAAGGGAGAAAAUGAUGUAAAGACCACAGCUAAAAUAAUGGGUCCUUGACCAUGCCAGCCUUCUUGGUAGAAUUGUCGGGAGCGGUGGUUCUCACCUGGGGCUGGUUUUGCCUCCCAGGGACACAUGGUAGUGUCUGGGGCAUUUUUCAUGGUCAUGCCUGGGAGAGGUGCUCCCGGCAUCUGGUGGGUGGAGGCCAGGGAUGCUGCUCCCCCUCGUGCAGUGCCCAGGACGGCCCCCCGAAGAGGCUGAGCCGCCUGGAGUGUCCGUUGUGCCGAGCUGACGCGAUGCUUCCCGCCCUCCUUGCUCUCUGCCGCCUCCUCAGCCUUCCUCCGUCUGGGACCAGCUGGGGACCCAUUUCUCUCUCAGAUUCACAUUUCUUCACUCCCCCCUUUUCGUUCUAGCUGCCUCGUGUUUCUGUCAUCGUCAUUACUACCGGGGAUCCGAAGUUCCCCUUGGUGUGCUUUCUGUCCUUCAGUUUGUUGAGUGCGGGGGAGGCCGGGGGCGGGGUGCCCAGCAUGUGAGUGACGAAGCUCCUUCCACUCUCAGUCCCACGGCUCCUCCUGUCCCCUUAGUGUGAUCGACCCGAGCUGGUACCUUUAGGGCUGAUUCCUGCAUUGUCGCCUGCCGGCCGGCCUCUGUAUUCAGCAUUUGGAACUCUGAAUGGCGAGGCGUCCUGGCUGGCUCCUGGGGCAGGGGAGUUUCCAAUCCGUACCCUCAGCCUUCACGUGACUGCGGCUCUCACCCAGGGAUUGGGCAGGGGGGUGAGUGCCGCCCUGGCCCUGCUGCCCUCCCCGGCGGUUAUGCCAGUGGCAGGAGGGCUUCCGGGUGGGUCCGCCACCCUCCCUCUGGCCCGGCUGGCCCGGUGCCCCUGGGCUGCGUGCGGCCGGGCUGUCUGGCUCUUCUGGGCCACCUUCCCCGUGCUGUGGGCCUCUCUGGGCCCGGGCGGCAGUGCUGAACGGCACAGGCAUCCGCCUUACACAACGUUUUUGGAAGCCGCCUACCUGCCGCCGAGGCCUCUAGCUCGUCUCUCGUAAACCCCAAUUGCUCCUCCCUCUGUGUCCCCUUCUUUGCCGCUGGUGUGCCUUGCUGUCCUGCUGGCUGAGUCACAGCGAGUGUCACAGAGCACCUCUGUAUGCUGGCCACUCUUGAGGCCCUGAGGACACAGGAAAGUGAGACCCAGGCUCCACCAUGAGGAUUCAACAUGACAUGCUGGACUUGGCCAUGAACCCGAAAACCGAAGAAUCACCACGGACUUUCUUCCGGCCCCCUUGAGUAUAACGGGUGACCCAGCACCAUGGGGAAUGUGGCUGAAGACAUCAGCUCCAGGGUCAUACCACCUCCUCCCUCUGAGGCCUUCAGGGAACCCAACUCUUUUUUUUUUCCCCAGGAACAUAAAAGAUUAUUAUUGUAACAAUUAGUACAUGGGCCAGAGACCCCAUUCCAGAAAACUUGCUCCUGAGAAUCUAACUCUUGAUAGCACAGCUUUAUAGCUCUCUAAAGGCACAGGACCUGGGGAGUCAAAUAUUAAGUUGGAACUGUGCAGAUUGAUGGUGACGUGAGGGACCAGAGGGGCCCUGCGUGGAUCACCUGCAAGGUUCCCAAGACUCUCGGGUGCACUGGACAGAGUGCGAACGAUGCCUGUCGGCCGGGGUGAGUCUCAUGGCUGAAUCAACGUCAGAGACAUCCGGGCACUUAUAACAGCUGUGACUCUGCCCGCACCCCCUCGGCCCACUGAAUCUGGACUCCGGGGCUAGAGCUUACCCAGAUUGAGGAUCCCAGAGAACAGUGGAGGCGGGAGCAGGAACGGAUGCUGAAGGAGUAUUUAAUUGUAGCCCAGGAGGCCCUCAACGCCAAGAAAGAAAUCUACCAGAUUAAGCAGCAGCGUUUCGAGCUGGCCCAGGAGGAAUACCAGCAGCUGCACAAGAUGUGCGAGGAUGACGGCCGCUCGUAUGCCAGCUCCUUCUUUGGAUAUUCAACAAAUACAAAGUACGACCCAUACCAAAUUAAAGCAGAAAUAGCAAGUCGUCGGGAUAGGCUUUCCAGAUUAAAACGAGAGCUGACCCAGAUGAAGCAAGAACUGCAGUACAAAGAAAAGGGGGUGGAGACCCUGCAAGAGAUUGAUCGUAAGAUGUCAAGUGCUCACACCAAUUACAAACUGGAUGAGGCUCAGGCUAUAAUGAGCGAGCUCAGGACCAUCAAGAAAGCCAUUUGUACAGGCGAGAAGGAGAGGCGGGAUCUGAUGCAAAGCCUGGCCAAGCUGACUGAUGGCUUCAGGAAUAGCUGUUCUCUUACCGACCCUCUGCAAGAGUUCCCUCCCAGUGCGGGCGCGCUGGGCGAGUCUUUACCUCACCAGUUCUGCGAUGCUGGGUCUCAGACUGAGGUCAUCGGCGAGUUCGUCUUUGAUGAUAAAACAAGGCUCGUGGACCGAGUCAGGCUUAACUGGCAGUAUGAGGAAGCCAGAAAGAGAGUCUCAAGUAUCCAGAGGCAGCUGGCCCAGUUUGAGAGCGAGUCCUGGCCGGGCAUGGCCGAGGCCGACAGGGACCGGCUUCAGCUCAUCAAGGAGAAGGAGGCCCUGCUUCAGGAGCUGCAGCUCAUCAUCCAGCAGAGGAGGCCGGCGGAGGACGUGGCCCGGCUGGAGGAGGAGCGGCGGCGCCUGGAGGAGGAGAUCCAGUGCUCCCGGGCCACAUCCGUGCAGGGUGCCACGGAAAGGAUUCUACUUCAGGAAAAAAGAAACUGUCUCCUGAUGCAGCUGGAAGAAGCUACCCGUCUAACGUCCUAUCUCCAGUCCCAGUUACAAAGCCUGUCCGCCAGCACCCUGACCAUCUCCUCGGGGAGCAGCCGCGGCUCCCUGGCCUCCAGCCGGGGCUCGCUGGCCUCCAGCCGGGGCUCCCUGAGCUCCGUCAGCUUCACCGACAUCUACGGCCUCCCGCAGUACGAGAAGCCCGACGCCGAGGGCGGCCCGCUCCUGCGCUUCGACCUUGUCCCCUUCGACUCCCUGGGCCGGGACGCCCCCUUGGCGGACGCCCCGGGCCCCGCGGGCCUCCACAAACAGAGGCGCUCCCUGGACACGCCGCAGUCCCUGGCGUCCCUGUCCUCGCGCUCCUCGCUGUCCUCGCUGUCCCCGCCCAGCUCGCCCUUGGACACGCCCUUCCUCCCGGCCUCGCGAGACUCGCCCCUGGCGCAGCUCGGGGACGCCUUCGAGGUGGCGGGCGUGGGCGCCCUGGACAGGCUGCGAGCUCAGGCCUCCGCAGUGGGGGACGAAGACACGCCGGGCGCGGCGUCCUUGCCGCCGCAUGGGUGUCCCGGGGACGGGGAAGGACCUCGUGAGCGAGGACCCCAAGCGGCUGCCGCUCCCACGGCUGCAACAGCGACCCCCCGAGAAGACAGCGCCCAGAGGCUGGAGCGGAGAGCGCGCUGCGUGUCCGCCUGCCUGUCCGAUUACUCGCUGGCCAGCGACAGCGGCGUGUUUGAACCUCCCACCAAAAGGAGUGAGGAUGCUGACGACCCUGCGCGUGGAGACGCUUGCGGUAACGAGGGGCCCCAGAUCCAUGUUGGAUUUUUGCACGACAGUGCCAGCGAGUGUCUCCUCGUGAACGUGCUCCAGCUGAAGAACUUUGCCGGGCUGGUGGUGAAGGAAGACUGCAAAAUACACAUCCGCGUCUAUUUGCCCCCGCUUGACUCCGGCACGCCAAACACUUACUGCUCUAAGGCUCUGGAAUUGCAAGCCCCCCUGAUAUUUAAUGAAGUUUUCAGAAUCCCUGUGCAUUCAAGCAUGGUGACGUUGAAGUCCCUUCAGUUAUACGUGUGCUCAGUGAAUCCGCAGCUGCAGGAAGAACUGCUGGGCAUUGCUCAGAUUAACUUGGCUGAUUACGACGGUUCGAGCGAGAUGCAGCUGCGCUGGUACUCGGUGCAGGUGUUCACCGGCCCUGAGCCCCCGCGGCGGGAGGACGAGCGGCUGGGACACAGCGACUCCCGGGACCCUGUGGCCGCCACGUCUGGAAAGACAGACGCGGUGACGGUGCUGCUGGCGAGAACCACGGCCCAGCUGCAGGCGGUGGAGAGAGAGCUGGCCGAGGAGCGGGUGAAGCUGGAGUACACGGAGGAGGAGGUCGUGGAGAUGGAGCGCAGGGCGGAGCAGGCCGAGGCUGUGUCCGAGAGGAGUUGGCAAGCCGACUCGGUGGAUAGUGGCUGUAGCAGCUGCGCCCAGACCAGCCCCCCGCACCCAGAGCCCUGCUGCGUUGGUGUCAGCUCCAUCCACGGACACACGUUUGCUGGCCAGGCAGACCCUUACGGCCCGGAGAAACUUCAGCCCCCACCUCUGAAGGUUGAUAAGGAAACCAACACAGAAGAUCUCUUCCCGGAAGAGGUGGCGAGUCUGCCGAAGGAGAGGCCUGGCCGCAGGGCCCGCGGCUCGCCCUUCACGCGGAGCAGCACCAUUGUCCGUUCCCAGACUUUCUCGCCCGGAGCGCGAAGCCAGUACGUUUGCAGACUUUAUCGUAGUGACAGCGACAGUUCAACGCUGCCCCGGAAGUCCCCCUUUGUCCGAAACACUUUGGAAAGACGAACCCUUCGCUAUAAGCAGCCCUGCAGGUCCUCCCUGGCGGCGCUGGCGGCGCGCACGUCCCUGGACCUGGAGCUGGACCUCCAGGCGUCGCGGACGCGGCAGCGGCAGCUGAACGAGGAGCUGUGCGCCCUGCGCGAGCUGCGCCAGCGCCUGGAGGACGCCCAGCUCCGCGGCCACGCCGAGCCUCCGGCCUGGCUGCUGCGCGACGAGCGCUUCCGGAGCCUGCUGCGGGAGGCCGAGAGGCAGACGAGACAGACCAAACUUGACUUCCAUCAAGAACAGGCAGCUGAGAAGAUGCUGAAGAAGGCCUCCAAAGGGGUGUGCCAGCUGCGCGGGCAGAACCUCAAAGAGCCCAUCCAGAGUAAAGUAAGUAUUGAGAAGGACCCACAGGAAGUCGAGGACAAAGCAGGAAUCUCCCCUGCUGUUAGCAUUGUGCGGAGUUGCUUCCGAUCUUGUUUUCUAAACACUGUUUUUUCAUGCUACUUGUAAUCACAGUGUGGGUUCGAGUUUGCAUUUAGCUCUUUUUAAAUUAAAAUACCCCAUGUUGCCACAUCAUCUGUUAUCUUUUUUGGCUGUAAUGUCUCAUCUAACAGAUAUAAUUUACCUAUUUUAUACCCUGCUUCUUUCCAAAUAUUUGCUCCUGUAAACAGCACAGUGAUCUACAUAUAGAUACAUAUGUGUAUCACCUUUGCCUUUUUAGUUAACUUUUUUUUUAUUUAGUUAACUUUUGAUUGAAGCAUAAUAGACAUACAGGAAAGCAUGCAUAUCGUCCUAUAUAUGAAAUAUUUCAGUGAAUUGUCAUAAACCCUACAUGGCAAGAAUCAAAUGUUAUCAGCACCCCCAGAUUUCCCACACCAGAAUAACCACCAUCUUGAAUUUGAAUAGUGUAGAUUAGCUUUCCCUGUUUUUAUCUUUUAUAUGAGGAAAAUCACCCAGUCAAUCUAUUUUCUUUUGUGUCUGGCUUUUUAAAAAAUUGAGGUGAAAUUCAUGAAGCAUAAGAUUAACCAUUUUAAAGUGAACAAUUCCAUGGCAUUUAGUACAGUCACAAUCUGUAUUCAGUUCCAGAACAUUUCCGUCACCCCAAAAGGAAACCCUGUACCCCCGGUAAGCAGUCACUCCCCAUGCCAACCUCUCGUCAGCUCUUGGCGGCCACCACUCUCCUUUCCGUCUCUAUGGGUUUGCCUUUUCUGGACCUUUCAUAUAAGAGGAGUCAUACAGUAUGUGGUCUUUUGUGUUUGGCUUCUUUCACUUAGAUAGUAUUUUUAAGGUUCAUCAAUGUUGUAGCAUGAAUCAGUGCAGUGUUCCUUUUUAGGGCUAAAUAAUGUGUGCCUGACGUCUAGCCUUAAUUUUUUUAUACCUUGAAUUUUUACCUCCCCAUCAUAAAAGAGUAUAAAACACUAUAGCUAUCUUCCUUCAACUAUGAUUUAGAACUCCUUGUAUAGUUUUUCAUUUAUUCAUAAAGAAAAUAUUUGCUGAGCAUCUACGUAUACCAGGCACUGUUCUAGGCACUGGAGACAAACCCUUGCCCUCAUGGGGCUUUGUAACUUCUAUUAAAAUUUAGAGAGGGGGCCGGGGCAAGAAACUUUAGAGGGUUUGUAUACAGAUGUGCCCCUGGGGAUUGAAAUUCAGUGUGUUCUCUGAGUCAGAAAAGCUGUCAUUGAUGGCAGAGCCUCUUGCCACCUUUCACUGCAUUUCUAUCAGCCUCUAACCUGUAAUUCUUUCCAA